AUGGGGGAGAUCGGGGAAUUUUGGAGAGAUGUGAAAGAGGCUCGGAAGAGAAGAGAGAAAGAAAACCCCCCACGCCGUCGCUGCUGGGACUGGAUGAUCGUGUCGGGCACCUGUCACUAUGCUAAAAAUCGCUCAUCGUUUAAGGAAUAUCGUCGGGUGGGUCAAAAGGUUCCAAAUGGAUUAUUUAAAGAUGGGCCGGAAACCUAUAUCGCCGGUGUAGGGACUGUGGAGUUGAACGUGCGCACAAACCCGAAGAAAGGAUCUCGUACCCGGACUCUCGUGUUGGAAAAUGUUCUGCAUGUUCCGGAUGCUAUCUGUAAUGGUUUUUGCUUUGCGAAGUAUCAUGCCACUCAUGGCGGGAUGGCGAGCCUUGACUCAGUUUGGAAAGGAACUGAUAAACAAGGUUCUCCUCUUUGGUAUGGACAGCCCUUCCGUGGGCUCGAGAAGCUGGUUCUAGCUGGAAAUCCGCAGGGAGAAUCUUAUCUCGACGACGGGCCGAAAUUUCUCAGCAUGUAUGUUGAUAAAACCAAACUUGAAAACAUCCUGUCGUGA